GCCUUUUCUAAGUUUUCACUUGAUGUUUAAAAUUUUUUGAUUUAUUAUGUCACCAUAUUAAGCCAAUUCAAUCAAUCAUAUCCAAAAGUACCUCUAAGAAGGACAAAGAAUCCACAAAUCCAAAAGUGGAGGUUGUUACCACUCAUGACAACAGUCUUAAUAAUAAAGAUGAAGACACAGAAUCCAGUGAAAAGAUGGAACCCACAAAAGAUGAUAAAAAUUGUUCACUCCCAACAAUUUUGGAAAAAGGACCAUCAGAUGAUGAAUCCUGUAUGAUGUCACUGGCUGAUCAAAAGGAGGAUGAAAUUACUCCAGGCAUGACAGAACAUGCAGAGCCACAUUUUGUUCAGGUUGGCUCAUGGAAGACAGGAUUGUGUCAACAUAUCCGCAGAGCUUUUUCUACUCCUCACCUUUCAAACUAUGUCGUUCCACUGUGUACUACAACUGAUGUAGCAGAUACCUCAGCAGAGGUGGAAUAUAUGGACAAGGAAACCCCAAUUGAAGUAAGCGAAAAGAUGUACACUGAUGAAAAUUUAACUGGUGAUGCAAAGGAGGAUGAAAUUACUCUGUCCAUGACUGAAGAGACUCAGACCAAUUAUGUCCAGGUUGGAUCAAGGAACACUGCAUUGUGUGUACCAGACAGCUCUGCACCUGAGGAAUAUAUGGACAAGGAAACCCCAAUUGAAAUACAUGCUGAUGAAAAUUCAACUGUUGAUCCCAAGGAGGAGGAAAUUACUCUAUCCAUGACGGAACAUAGAGAGACACAUUUUGUUCAGGUUGGCUCAUGGAAGACAGGACUGUGUCAACAUAUGUGUGGAGCUUUUUCUACUCCCCACAUUUCUAACUAUGUCGUUCCACUGUGUACUACAAUUGAUGUUAUGCCAGGCAAAAUGGUAGAAGAAUCAGAAAAUACUGAUACCACCAGAUCAGAACCUGUUGGCGAUGGUACUGUUUAUGAUCAGUCACACACCAAUAAUGAUGAUGAAGACAGUGAGGCCAAUGACAAGAUGGCUGCUGUUGAAAGUGAAAACUCUGAUCCAAAGGAGGAUGAAAUUACUCCAUCCACAACUGACCAUACACCAACCCAUUAUGUCCAGGUUGGAUCAAGGACCCGGAGAUUGUGUCAAUAUAUUCGCAGAGUUAUUUCAUCUCUCAACUUUUGUGACUGUCUCUUUAGACAGUGUAUUUCAGUUGAUGUAGCAGACAGCUCUACAGAAGUGCAAUACACAGACAAGGAAACCCCAACAGAAGUAAGUGAGAAGAUAGAUGCUGAUGAAAAUUCAAAUGGCAUGUCAUCAGCACAGUCACCAAAGGAACCACAGCACGAGGACUCUACCAAUGCGAAGCCUGGUCACAAGGACUCACCACCUCAUGUGGUUGGGGACCUUGGCUUCGCCCCCCCAAAAUGA